AUGUCACACGUUUUGAUUAUACUACUAACUGUGUGCAUUGUUUUCAGUGGAAUUGUGUUCGGAGGUGGCAGUAACCAAAAGUCUUGCGAUGAUUUAAAGAAAGAGAUACAAACGCUACUGACGAAUGCCAGCACAUGUAAAAAAGUAGCUGCUGAGAAGAUUGUACACUAUACUGAUGGCAAGAGACAAGGUCAACCGCCAGAUGAUCUUCCAAAAUGUUCUAACGUGAGAGACUUAAUGAACAUAAGUGGGAUACCAGAAGUCAAAACGGUGCCAAAAACUUAA